AUGUCGACAACAAUUUAUUUCUCAUAUCCAACUUAUUCAAAUGAAAGAGAAUUCACCACAUAUGAUGAUGAUAGUGAAGAAGAGUAUUAUGAUCAAUCCUAUUUCCAAGAUUAUUCAUUUCAAAAUAAACCACAACCAUCAUCAUCCAAUAUAAAUAAAUCUAAAUCAGUUAAAGUUACUGGAUAUGGUAAUGGUAGUAAAAAUGCAGGCCAAGCCAUUCCAAGAACUGAUAAAGAUUAUAAAGCUGCAAUUGAAUAUAAAAAAGAAAAGAAAUUAGCAAUUAAACAAAUAAAAGAAAAUAAAUUAUCAACUUCACCAACAACAAUAACAACAACAACAACAACAAAUACUGCAACUAGUUAUGAAAAUGUAAACAUAGAAUCACCAAAUGAUGAAAAUAAUAAAACAAAGAAAUUAACAAAAUUAGAAGUAAAAUCAAUCAUUGAAAAAGAAACUGACCUAAAGAAAAAAGAAAGAUUACCAUCAAGUAUUGAAGUUUAUAAUAGAAUUUUACAUGAUGAACAAUUAAAAGAUAAAAUUCAAGAUUUCAUAAUUACCUAUGAAGAUCGUUUCGAUGGUUUAUGUGAUUCCGAGUUAUUAAAAUUAGACGAAGCCAUUCCAUUCCAUAGAAUUAGACAAAUUAGAUAUUUAAAUCAAAUUGUAUGGUCACGUUCUGAAAGAUUUUACGAUUUCUCAAAUUUAUUGGAUUAA